CCCGCAGUCGAGGACAGGGAGAAGAAAGGAAGCGGAGGAACUAGGACGAGAUCUGGCUGGCCUCGAAUAACCCAGCUUUGGAGUAGCCACCGGUCGAGCUCUCGCUGCAGAAAACAUCCCCGAAAAGAAAGCAAGUCUUGGACGGGAAGGAGGCGGCGCCUGCGAAGCCCUGCCCACCCACAAAAAAACCAACCCCAAAAACCCCAAAACGCCCACACACAAAAAUCCUCCCUUCCUCCUUGCUUUCUCCGUUCCAGGUUGCUGCUACGAAUUCGUCCUCGGUCAAGAUCAUGGUGUCUGAGCUGGAUAAGGCAACUGUCAGGAUGAAGGAUCCUGAGCAAGUGAAAAAUAUCAUUUCAGCACUCAGAAAAGGGGGGGCAGGCAAACUCCAGGUAAUUUCUGAUUUCGACAUGACUCUAACACGGUUUGGGUUCAAUGGCCGACGCUGUCCCACUUCACACAAUAUCAUAGAUAACAGCCGAGUCAUCAGUGAAGAAGGCAGAAAAAAGCUAAAAGAUUUGCUCCACUAUUAUUAUCCUAUUGAAAUUGACCCCUACCGGACCAUGGAGGACAAACUGCCCCUCAUGGUGGAAUGGUGGACGAAAGCCCACAACCUCCUGUCUCAGCAGAAGAUUCUGAAAAGUGACAUUGCACAGAUGGUGAAAGAGUCGGAUGUCAUGCUCAGAGAUGGCUUCAACAUUUUCUUUGACCAGCUUCAUCAGAGUAGAGUUCCCUUGUUCAUCUUCUCAGCUGGCGUGGGGGACGUGCUGGAGGAGAUCAUCCGCCAGGCUGGGGUGUUCCAUCCCAAUGUCAAUGUGGUCUCCAACUAUAUGGACUUUAAUGACAGUGGAAUCCUGAAAGGUUUCAGAGAGCCCUUGAUCCACACAUACAACAAGAACAACACAGUCCUGAAGAACACAGAGUAUUUCCAGCAGCUGUGCACAAGAACCAACAUCUUACUCCUUGGAGAUUCCAUGGGUGAUCUCAGUAUGGCAGAUGGGGUUACCAGCUUGGAGAAUAUCCUCCGGGUUGGCUUCCUGAAUGACAGGGUGGAGGAACAGCGUGGGAAAUACCUCGAGGCCUAUGAUAUUGUGCUGGAGAAAGAUGAGACGCUGGAUGUGGUGAAUGGCAUCCUUCGCUUCAUUCUGCCCCAAACCGAACUUGUGCAGCCCAAAUCCCCUUGAUUAUGAGCUACUUCUUGGAGAAGGGAGAUACUCUGUGUGAUGUGUGUGUGGUGUCUCUCAGUUUUGCACUCCCUCUUGCCAUGUUGUGGAAACAGACCAGCCCUUGCUGCUGCUUGCCAUUUUCAGAUUUGUAGAUUCAACUGUGGGCCAAGCUGAGGUCAUCUGCCCCCUCGAUCACUACAUUCCUAGUUACAAUAAAAUUGCAGACCUACCAGGGAAAGUAUGUGGACUCCUCUUGCAGUCAGCUUCUCUGCUAGCUAAAAUGCAGAAUUCAUGAGCCAGCAAUUAGAACACUUAAGGCGAGGCAGCACUUGAGAUUUUUUCUCCGGGAGCCAUGGGGUUUCGUUAUAUUGACAGUUUCCCAGGCAGAAUUAGUUGAGGUUUAAAUUUCAUCCCAUCGUUGCUGUACACUAAUGCCAGGUCCAUCAUGAUGCUUAGAUAUGAGCAUAUCUAAUCUGUGAGGUUCCCUGCUUAUUCCAGACUAGUUUAUGUGAAGUUGCUCUCGUGCACAAAAUGAGACUGUUUGCACAUCCCUAUUGGUUUGCUACAGUGCACAGUACAAUCCAAUAUACAAUGGUCACUUCAUGCAAAGCAUCUCCACCCUCAAACUUAAAGCAAAAUUUUGAAAAUGCCACUGCAGGUUUGCAGCCUCCCUCCCUACUGACAGGCGUGGAUCAGUGCAAUGGUUCCUCUGUAAGCCACACUCCCAUUGGUAUCUGUAUGCUUUUCUCUCAUAAGCAGCUGCCACACUCCCAGCCAGUAUGUUUCCAUAUGACAUUGUACAGCUGCAAUGUUAAAGCAGGGAAAAGCCACAAUGUGGCUGAUGAGUGUGUUCAUGAAUGUGGCUUUUGUUCUUUUAAAAAUAUAUAUACUGUACAUACACAUCGCCAUAAGAAGCCUUAGCUACCUGGCCACAGGGAGUAGCCAAAAGGUAUGUCUGGGCACAUGGCUGGUCUAUAUGACAGUAAAUUAAGUAAUCCUGCUUUACAGAUUGCCCUAUAUGUCCUUCCACCACCAACUCUUUUUAACCAUUAUUUUCUCUUGUACUUUUAAACAUUUGUAUCAAAAGAAUUUUUGGAAGGUGCAUUGUCAUGCAGGAUUGAAAAAAGCUUCAUCUGCCAGAUUUCCCUUUGCAAGAGCCAGCGUGGUGUAGUGGUUAGAGUGCUGGACUAGGACCAGGGAGACCCGACUCCUGAGUUCAAAUCUCCAGCCGUGAAACUAGCUGGGUGACUCUGGGCCAGUCACUUCUCUCUCAGCCUAACCUACUUCACAGGCUUGUUGUGAAAGAUAAACUCAAGUAUGUAGUACACCACUCUGGGCUCCUUGGAGGAAGAGUGGGAUAUAAAUGUAAUAAAUAAGGUAACUCUAUAUGGCCUUUGGUCAAAUUCUCCUUUUCUUAAAAAGACAGAGAAAACUGUGGCUGUGUCACUAGUGAGACUGAUCUUGGGUACCUGUGGGUCCCAACACAACAGCUGCAGGCCAAAUCAAUAGUGGUCUUCAAUCUUUUCUGACUCAGGUACCCCCCUUUAGCCCCAGCUAGCAAUAUGAGACUAGCUCUUUAUAAUUGUGCAUACCACAAUCUGUUCAUUCUCUUUCUUUCUUUCUUUCUCUUUCUUUCUUUCUUUCUCCUUGAAAGAAGAGAAAAAUCGUUACUAGAACAGGUGGGGGUGUAACCCAAUUUAGGUCAGAAUGCAACACAUUUGAGCAUCUGAUUCAUUAAUUGGAAGAUCAAUGGUUUUAAAGGAUAAGAGUGCUAGUCAAUUGCAUUAAGUCAACCUGAUAAAUAUGCAGCUAUCUUCUUUAUAUGGCAGAAAUUUAGGUGUGGAAUGUUGGUAAGAGGGCUUUGCCAUGCCAGAUAAGCAGCCCAACUGGAAUCUUAUGUUUAGAGCAGGUUUUUAAUUGGUUGAAUAGAGCUGGUGUGAAUUGACAUCAAGUGGGUUCCCUUUAGGAGUGAGACUGGUGGAACUUGAGUGGAAUAAAUUUAAGUGUUGAGAGUUUUGCUCUUCAAAUCUGUGGUAAAGAAUCUCAAAAACCUUGAUUUUGGGGAGUUUGAAGACUAGCUUCGGGACAGAUGGGAAUGUUACAGGAUGUCCUUGUGUGAUCCUGGGGGAAAUUGCUUAGCAGUACAAACCACAGAAGACAGUUUCAUGCAAUUAAAGGGGAGAGGGGGCUUUGUGAAUGUUUUCCUUUCCAAUUUUCUGCAUUAUAUGUUGGUUUCACAAAGCACAAAUUAGUUUUUAAAGCAAUUUUUUAACACUCUAAAUGACCCACACACUCACUCUUUUGAAAAUCCAACUAAGUUCAACUGUGUUUUAUUCAAAAGACAUGUCUAAAGAUAAUAAAGCAGAAAUGUCCUAUUUUUA